AUGGCACCCCUCCGCGGUGCCCGUCGCCCCACCCAUCACCGGUGGGGAGCAGAUCGUAUCUCGCUCAAUAUAUCCCCCCAGCAAUCCCACCCACCUCGUCCCUCGGUAAGUACCCAGAACCAUACUCCUCACCGCCACGAGGGCCGAGAGCAAACUCUUCAACCCCUUCCUAUGCAAGCCAACAGGUCACACACCACCGCCACCACUACUACCGAUGCCCCCCCCAGUAUGGCGUCUGAAGCAAGACUUCAGCCCACUAGUAUAACCAUCAUUAUAGACGGCCACAUAUUCACCAUCCCAAACGACCCCCUCGAAGCAUUUCACCCCACACGCACACAGACCAUCGCCUCAUUCCGGGCAGUCGCAGCGGGGACGGCGACGGCCACUGAUAUAAGCUUCAUCUUUAGCGCUGCUAUAGCUCCAGAUACCACUGCCUCUACCUCAUAUUUCUGUCCUGCCUUGCCAGGUUCUGGUUCAGCUGAGCGGACACCGAUCAUGACCCAACUUGUUCCUGCACGCUACAGCGGUGGCACCAGAGAGAUCAAAAUUGACAACCAUACGUUUAUCCUACCUACCGACGCGGUGUAUGCCUUCCUGGCAACACGUGAAAUGACAAUUACUGCAUUUCGGAAGGUUCUGGCGGGGCCAGCGGCGGCGGGGUCCGGGAGUGAUAUGGCGUUCGUUUUUGGCACUGCUAUCAUUGCUACCCGUGAUAAAACCAGGAACGUGGAUACCGAGAGCGUUACAAAACGUCAGGCUCGUUUAGCUGUAGGGGAAGACACCACAAUACCUAUUGCUAAUGAUACAGAGGAGAUAGAGGAUGACCAGGAUGACUGCGAUGAAGGGGAUAAUUAUGCAACGUUGACAGCUGCAUCUAAAGGUGGCUUUAGUCCUCGCUCAUCGAAAGAUCUUACUCUCGCGGUUCCGUUUCCUAGCCAAUGCCUUCGUCGUCGGGUAGUUCAUGAUACUAGAGAGGCGGCGACUGACUCUACCCCCUCCACUCCAACCCCUAUCAUAACACCGGUCCCGACUCUCGCUACGAACACAGCGGAUUCCAGCCAAAAAUAUCCCACCGGCCCCCACUCCUACUACUUCAGCGCCACGCUACAUUGCUGA